AUGACACGAUUCUUUACAAAGGUCUCCGCUCUAGCGACCUUGGCCAUCGGCCUGCUGUCAACAGCCGAAGCCGUCGGUUCAGAGCCCUCGAUGGCUCCACGUCUCUUUCCCUACACCGACUACAGUACUGUCAAUUACACCGGUUCUCUCUGCUCGAACUACAUCAACUACGAGGUCUGGGUGCCUCCAAAUGUCACCAUUGCUAUGAUCGAGGGAGGACUCGUUCAAGCUGGAUUAAGUGCAGAUGUCAUCUCCCAGAUCCCUCCCUCCUGCAGCGUGCCAUUCAUCGAAUACGUCUGCUCCGCUUCCUUCCCAAGAGUUGUCGCUAAAGGACCUGGAGAGGCAGAUGUUCUAUUUGCUUGCAAGUCGAUUUGUCAGACCAUGGUGACGAAUUGUGGGUCGAUUCUCCAGCUGGCUGGUAAAUCUGGGUUGAUUCCCAACUGUGAUGGCGCCAUCCAAUCUACACUCCAGACGGUCCAUCCAAAUGGUAUCUUGUUCCAACCCGAUAACAGAUGUAACGUCGUCCAGCCCCUGGGCGCCUCCAACUCUACAUCGCCUGCAACUGGAUUUCAGUGCCCUCCUCCAUUCAUCCCUGUCAAGCCCGGCAUGGCACCCUCUUCAUCCUGUAACGCCGAUUGCUGUGUUCCUUGCCCGGCUCAGUAUCACCUCUACCGCGAAGGAGCAUUAGACAAGGGAUUCAGGAUGACCAACAUCAUGCGCGCCGUCUCAAUGGUCUUUUCCUUCAUCCUGAUGGUCUCGUACUUCUGCCUGCCCGACAAGCGCUCCCAUCCCAGUGCCUUGAUUUUGUUCUUUUCCAUCUGCGUGUUCCUGUUCUCGGUCGUCGUCAUCUUCCCCUUGAUCGACACCAAUGCCAUGCAGUGCGUUGACGAGUACACUCCAAGCACCCAGCAAAACAACCUCAAGUGCGCCAUUCAAGGUGCGAUAUUGAUUUUUGCGUCAGUUUCGACUUGCGCAUGGUGCUCGGCUUUGAUUGUCAACUUGCAUUUGCACACUGUCUGGAACUCGGCAUGGCUCGCCAAGAAGUACUGGCUCUUGCACACCAUCUGCUGGGGUUUCGCCACCACCAUCACCGCUGUCGCUCUGGGAACUGGCCAGGUCCGCUGGGAGUUUGCGACGCUUUGCUUGAUUUCUCAGGAAAAGUCGUCGACUAUCUUCUUUUACCCCAUGGCCGCGAUGAUCUUCCCCGCUUUCCUGGUUCAUAUUGCUACGUUCUUCCAUAUCGCCAGGAUCUCUGCCCAGGCUAGCGCUGAUUCCGAGACCAUGUCGCGCUCGACCUUGUCAGCCAGUGCGGCUGCCGUGAUCUCUCACCGUCGCCAUGUCAUGAUGGCGAUCAGGAUCCAAUGGCGUGCGGCUCUGAUGGCCAUCUGUGCGAUGCUCUGUGUGACGUUCUACUGGUUGUUCUAUUUCUUGCAGCUGAGCAAGAUCAAACCCACUGACCUUGCCCCUCAUGUAUUGAGCUUUGCAACAUGUCUUGGCCAAGGAAAGGGACAUGAUGCCUGUGCGGACGAGUUGACCCCUUAUUUGCCACCGUAUGGAUUGAUGAUUGCGGCCGAGUUCUUGGUCUCGGCGAUUGGCACGAUGAUCUUUAUUGUGUUCUUCAAGAUGGCUCUUGUUCGGGAGUGGAGCGAUUGGUUCUCGUCGAUCGGAUACCUUUGCUCUGGAAAGAGACGUCAAAAGCAGGAGCAGGACCAGUUCUUCGUCAUCUAG